AUGGAAGAUGGCGAACCGAUAUUCGUUGGACCAAACUGGACAAGCCUUACGUCGCCAGCUAUACUUCCACUGACAACCGAUCAUUUCCCGUCUCCGCACGAACUGCGCCAAGGAUACUCAGAAGCAUUUUACACACUGACUAUUCCUACGACGGCACAGCAGACACCAGCAAUCGAAUGUGUACCACGCUAUCGAAAUCACAAUGAACUGUUGAUCGAAAUGAUCUGCCAGCGACUAGCCCGUGGUUUCCAACUUGUGUCCACUUGCGACUCAACUUCGUCGCUAAUGAAUCGUGAAAUAUCCCCUGGAAACCGGCGAAGAGUGUAUCAUUUAAGCAUGGGGCAUCGAAUCCACCAGCUUAUUUACGAUGCUGAGCGGCAAACAGUCGAAGUAAAGAGGUUUGUCCAGCGUGAACCACAUGACUCCAAAGUCGCCUCCAUUUCCUACAAUUACUCGCUCUGGGUUGAGCUCACCCAAUCGUUUCAGCCGCAUCAGCAAAUAUUCCACCGCUAUCCGCAACCGGAGGAUAACUGGAAUGCCUUGGAUAACUUGCUUUGCGGCUAUCUCGAUGAUAUGGCAGAUACAAUGAAAUGCCGCAGAGUUCGGUUUGCUAUUGUGCCACCUGUUCUUGCAACAUCCAGUAUUGGUGACAAUAAUUCCCCGACAGCGUAUGCAACGAAGUUCACCAAGUUCAUUGAAUUUCUGCAAUCUCGUGUCGCUCCUUCCGAAUUCGGUGAACUUGAAAAUAUCAUGAUCAAUAUGGUAUUGGAAGAUGUUCAAAAAACGGGUGAACCUCCGCUGCUGAUUGAGAACCGCAUGCUAAGCUUUAAAAUGGCUUGUAAGGCGUCAUCCAUCUCAUUGUCUUCUGCUUCAAAGCUUGAGGACGCGAGGACCGAAUGGGUCGUGAUGCGCUUGGAAGAGACGAUGGACAUUUCGCGCUGUUUUCAUCUGGACGUGCGCUGGUUAGCUUGCAGUGGAAUUGGAGCAGACGAGUUUGUAGGAACUGUGCGGCGGCGAGCCAAGCAAUCGGGUUUGGAUUUGCGCCGUGUACCAGAGUAUUUCAGUGUCUCGCGCGUGCAGAUUCAUCCACUCAUACCGUCUGUCUUCCUACCAUUUCCCGUUCAGAUAUUGAAAUCUUUUGUUUCCACAUUGGUUCAAACGCUAGAUUUCGUGCUGGACGACGAACGAAUUGCGGACGGUAGUCGAAUAGGCUACGGCCUCGGCAUUGAGGAAAAAAAACUUUCGGUUGCCAAACCCAAAGUCAGCAUCCGUGGCCAGCGCCGAUCGCCUUCAACCAAUGCUCGGUUACUACUAGAUCAUUGGCAACAACGUGGAUACAAGCAGCUUAUUCACCGAAGUUUACCUGUGUCGGUGCGGAUGAUUCACAACGGACUUGUUUGGAUCCCCGGGUACGACGAUGACCGCAAGGUUGACCGUGCUACUAGUUUAGCUGCCACUGCCGCAUUGUUUCGAGAGGUUUGCGCCACGAUCAAAUCGCAAUGUGGUCAUUGA